AUGACGGGAGGAAAAUAUAUGGAAAAAUCACAUUUGAACACAGAAUGGGCGCAAGUGGAAGAGAUCCGAUUGGUGAACGACGGAACUGGUUUGGCGUUUGGCAUCAUCGGAGGCCGCAGCACGGGCGUGGUCGUCAAGACCAUCUUACCCGGAGGAGUUGCCAGCAGAUUGAACACAGAAUGGGCGCAAGUGGAAGAGAUCCGAUUGGUGAACGACGGAACUGGUUUGGCGUUUGGCAUCAUAGGAGGCCGCAGCACGGGCGUGGUCGUCAAGACCAUCUUACCCGGAGGAGUUGCCAGCAGAGACGGACGCCUUCAGAGCGGCGACCACAUCUUGCAAAUAGGCGACGUUCAACUGAGAGGAAUGGGCAGCGAGCAAGCGGCCGCCGUCCUCAGACAGUGCGGGGUUCACGUCAGGCUACUUGUCGCUCGUCCCGUUGAGCCGUCAUCGCAGGACUAUCGGACGUUGGGUAGCCAUGGUCCCAUAGUGCCGACACGAUUACUUGGAGACACAGAACAAUUAGGAAAGCAUCUUCUUGAAAUGGGCUACACAGGAGAAUUGUCCAUGUCUCUGCCGGAUCAAUAUGUCGUCAGGACUAAUGGGAGCACGGUUUUGUCAUCCCCAACAAUAAUUGAUGUCGUCCGCGAUCCGAUUCCUGCGGGUGCUUCUCGCCGAACUAGAGACACUAUAGUAUCUCACGUGCCAGGGGCUUUGCCAGCACAUUUACGACCAAAAGAUACAUCUUCAAAUACAAACACUCCAAACGACCCAAAUUCUUUACCGCUGGACGGUGAUUCUUCUGUAGAUAUUGUCGAAGGAGUCACUGUAGUCUUGGAAAAGACUGCAGAUUUUGGACUUGGUAUUACUGUAGCUGGUUAUGUUUGUGAGAAAGAGGAGUUAUCCGGUAUUUUUGUGAAAAGCAUAAGUGAAGGAAGUUCUGCGUUCAUGUCUAAACAAAUCCAACUCAACGAUCGUAUUAUAGAGGUUGAUGGGGUUUCCUUACGUUCUCGUAGUAAUCCAGAGGCUGUGAAGAUUCUACGUGACACCGGCAACCGCGUUCGGCUGCGGCUUGAGCGUUACCUUCGCGGUCCUAAGCUGGAACACCUCAGAAGGGCGCUUAAAACACAAAGGGCUCUCAAAUCACCUCCAAGUCCACCAUCGCCUAGCGUUACUUCGUUGCCCAAAUUUAGCGUCAGCAUAGACGGUUACAGUUUUUUCGAUACCGAAGUCAGCGUAACAGAAUCUGAGGUGCACACCGAGCAAGGUGAUCAACCGGCUGCUGAUGAAACAGUCGAGAUCACGCCUACAAAUGAAGAUGUCGAAAUUGUAAUAACAGGUGCCGCCGAUACUAAAAAUAUUAAGAGAGAAGAUAGCGGUAACCAGGAUAAUCUAUCGAUUACUAGCACCAGUACUACACCUGGUUUGUUGUUGACUGCUGCGAACAAAGCACUGAAGUCAAGAUGGCAACGGGAAAUGGGCAAGGAUGUUCGCAUAGUGGUAGCUGAAGUCUGCAAAGAACCAGGAGGUGGCCUGGGUAUAAGUUUGGAAGGCACAGUAGACGUCGAGGGCGGAGUAGAACUAAGGCCACAUCAUUAUAUUCGUUCAAUUAGGCCUGGUGGUCCAAUAGCUCGUGCAGGAGUGUUUCGUGCUGGUGACGAACUUCUCGAAGUUAACGGAGUGCGUUUGCUUGGCCUCCAUCACUUAGAAGUAGUCGCACUCUUAAAAGCCUUGCCAUCUGAUGUCGUCUUGGUCUGCUGUCGGAUAAGAGCCGGAAAAAAUGAUGGUGGAGUUGAUGGCACCACGUACGAAGUUGGCAGAGGAAUAAUUGACACUUCACAGCACGAAAAAGCUUUUGCAUCACGAAAUAUACUUGGAGGAAGUUUGCAGAAUCUUUUACAAAUUCCUGAGAGGCUAGUAAAAGCUAAAUCUGAAAGUUCUCUUUCAUCCUUUGCACAUUCAAAUAUUUCAAUGACAUUAAAACCGAGUAUUGAAAAAUCGUUAUUAUGCCUUUUUAUCUAUAACAGACAAAUAGAAGACGGUUACAGUUUUUUCGAUACCGAAGUCAGCGUAACAGAAUCUGAGGUGCACACCGAGCAAGGUGAUCAACCGGCUGCUGAUGAAACAGUCGAGAUCACGCCUACAAAUGAAGAUGUCGAAAUUGUAAUAACAGGUGCCGCCGAUACUAAAAAUAUUAAGAGAGAAGAUAGCGGUAACCAGGAUAAUCUAUCGAUUACUAGCACCAGUACUACACCUGGUUUGUUGUUGACUGCUGCGAACAAAGCACUGAAGUCAAGAUGGCAACGGGAAAUGGGCAAGGAUGUUCGCAUAGUGGUAGCUGAAGUCUGCAAAGAACCAGGAGGUGGCCUGGGUAUAAGUUUGGAAGGCACAGUAGACGUCGAGGGCGGAGUAGAACUAAGGCCACAUCAUUAUAUUCGUUCAAUUAGGCCUGGUGGUCCAAUAGCUCGUGCAGGAGUGUUUCGUGCUGGUGACGAACUUCUCGAAGUUAACGGAGUGCGUUUGCUUGGCCUCCAUCACUUAGAAGUAGUCGCACUCUUAAAAGCCUUGCCAUCUGAUGUCGUCUUGGUCUGCUGUCGGAUAAGAGCCGGAAAAAAUGAUGGUGGAGUUGAUGGCACCACGUACGAAGUUGGCAGAGGAAUAAUUGACACUUCACAGCACGAAAAAGCUUUUGCAUCACGAAAUAUACUUGGAGGAAGUUUGCAGAAUCUUUUACAAAUUCCCGAGAGGCUAGUUAAAGCUAAAUCCGAAAGUUCUCUUUCAUCCUUUGCACAUUCAAAUAUUUCAAUGACGCCAAGCAAUACUGCUGAAAUUAGCCCGUGUCCUCCAAGCCGAAGUAGGUCUUUGGAAGGGACAGGAUGCUUAGGCGGAGUCGCCAUGUGGAAAGACUCAGCAGAAAAACUAGAACUCAUUAAAGGCGACCAUGGUCUUGGUUUUUCUAUAUUGGAUUACCAGGAUCCGAUGGAUUCUACCAAGACUGUGAUUGUGGUUCGUUCUUUAAUAACCGGCGGAGUAGCUGCAAAAGAUGGUCGUUUACGUCCAGGAGAUCGUCUCAUGGCCGUCAACGGAAUAUCAGUAGCUCGGCAGCCCCUGCACAAAGCCGUGCAUCUGCUUAAACAGGCGCCGAAAGGACCUGUAGAAUUGGAAAUAGCCAGGCCGGUCACGAAAACAGUUCAAGAGGAUUCAGCACAAUCCAACAGUUCUGAACGCGGUGCCAGUAGUUCAGAUGAUGAUAGAACUGGACCUGAUGAUUUUUAUGAAUGUUUGGACAGUUAUGGAGAAGGCUUGCAAGUUGUGCAAAUUUGUUUGGACGAUGCGGGUAGUGAUGAAUGCUGUUGGGAGAGAGUGUCCAAACUUUCUGUUUCCCAUGCUGCAAAACCAGAUGGAGACACAACUCAACCUACAACUGAUACUACACAGCCAGUUGCAAAUGGAGAUUUGAAUAAAACACAAGAAAUACAGACGCCUGACGAAUUACCAAAUGAGUUAACCAAAGAUGCCGAAGUUUCAUCUAAAACUAUUACGGCUAAUGAAUUUCCCAAAACAAUCUCAAGAUCACAUUCUAAAGAAAUUUCAACUUCUGAUGAAAUGGUAUUCGCGGUUACUCCAACAGGAUUGGAACGUAUCAGUUUUGAGAAAUAUUGGCAAGAUUGCGAGAUACAAGUGGAAGAUAAGCCUGUUUUGUCGCGAAUACAUAGUGACGAAUCUUGGAAAGAUUGCAGAAGUACUAUAUGUUCACCGCUUGAAAAAUCUCCAUUAACUGAAAGAAAGCCUUUGUCUUCCAACGGUCAACUGAAUUUAAGUAGUCAGGAUUUAAGAUUUAUUGAUGAUGAUCGUUCAAUCGAAAUAACAUCACCUAAAUGUGUUGACGAAAAUGUUCCAAAAUUUGUAGAAAACAAUAAUAUUAUCGAUGAACGAAAAUCCAAAACGCAAGAAGCAGAAGAAAUAGUAGAUGAUAUACUUAAAAAUCCUUCAAUUGUCAAGUUACUCAAAGACAGGUCUUCCACAAACGAAAUAAAAAGUGAUAUUGAAUCAGUUCUUAGUUCUUCCGAUGAUAAACAUAAAGAACCAAAUAAAAUCGUUAAUAAAGGGUGUUAGUAGAAUUCUAGAAAAUGAUAUAAAGAAGUUGAGUUUAAAAAAGCAGUUGUCUCUAGCAACAGAUGAUGAAUGUAAAAAGAAAUCAAAUCUCGAUCGUCAAAGCAUCAGCCAAGACCUUACAAUAAAUUUGUCCAG